CUAAUGCGAUACACCUUUGAGUCGAAGUCAUGUGAAACUCUUGUGGACACCGAUGGGCGCCGAGAGAUAAUAAACACCGAAAGUGGUCCUAAAUAUGGGAACGUCUGCGCUCUUUAUCAUAGUUUGUUACGGCUCUAUUUGAUUGAUCUCAAGACUCGACACUUGAUUCCCAUUGAUUUCCCCUUACCUUCCGUCCAACUCAUGGACUUCAGAGACAAUCUCGUGAUAGCCGUCGGCUCCGCCAUUAAUGUUAAGCCCAAUGUGUUUGUCGGUCGACUCGACGAUAACAUACCGGAACCGUCGAUAGAGUGGUCACAAAUUGGGACCAAUUCUAGUGAUUCACUGAAAGACAUAAGUGUUGAGAGCUAUUGGAUUCCCGUCACUGAAGACCCCAACAAACUAUUGACAGCCAUUCUGGUCAGCCCUCAAGCAGUCAAAUCAGAGGCGGCGCCCACUAUAGUCCUACCCCACGGCGGACCCCAUGUUAUUGAUUAUAACACUUAUAUGUCUUAUUCAAACAAAUUCGCAUCAAUGGUCUGUUCUUUAGGAUUUAAGACAUUAUUAGUCAACUACAGGGGAUCGUUAGGUGUGGACGAGGAGUACGUGUCGUCUCUCAUCGGACACGUCGGCGAUCGGGACGUCAAAGAUGUCAUUCAAUGCGUGCAAUACCUGUGCGAUAGAGGACUCGUCGACUCCCAUCGACUCGUGCUUUACGGCGCCUCUCACGGAGGGUUUCUCGUGACACACCUGUCCGGUCAGUACCCGCACUGGAACUUCAAAGUCUGUGUGUCAGAGAAUCCAGUCAUAGACUUGUCAACCAAUCCCGACGGCACCGACAUCCCUGACUGGUGUUAUGUGGAGGCGUUCGGCACAUCCCUGUCCUAUAAAAGCGAUGCAGUCUUAGAGUCCAUGAGCGCCAAAGUCAUGUCCGAGCGCUCGCCCAUCCAUUGGGCGCCUAACGUAAAGGUGCCGACGCUUAUGGUGUUAGGCAAACGGGACCGUCGGGUGCCCUCCACUCAGGGACUCAAAUACUACCGCUUAUUGAAGGCCAGGGGUGUGAAAACCCGGUGCUAUGUCUACGACGACGGCCACUGUCUUGCGGAUGUCAGUGUCGACGGAGACCUCUUCGUAAACGUUUGUCUUUGGAUUUUACAGCAUUUGAAUGAAUGA